UCGUGCUGGGAGGCGGACGGAGCGGGAGGAGAGCGCGAGGCCUUCCCCAAGCACGGACACACUCACUAUACACACACACACACUCGCACACGGAUGGCGGGACACAGGCAAGAAGCGAAAUCCGCGUGACUGGUACCGUGCUCCUUCUUUUCCUUCAGUUUCACCGCUGUGCUUAGAGAGAGAGAGAGAGAGAGAGAGAGAGAGAGAGAGAGGGGGGUCCGCUUUAUUUAUUUAUCUAUCGAUUGCUUGCGUUUUAAUUAGUGGCCUGUGACUGCGAGUGAAGGGGGGAGGAAGGAGGAGCACAGCGCGAGCCUUGCCUUACUGACACACUUAUUUCAUGUGUUAGGGAUUAAAUUAUAGAUUUUUACACCCGAACAUGCUCCUCGUAUGUUUGUGAGUGCGAUACGCAAACCAAACCAAAAAAAAAAAAAAUCAGACGAGCCAAAUGUUUCUGCUGAAACGGGUUGCGAUCCCGAUGCUUUUGUAGCGAGCGAGCCGGGUAGUUUUCAGGCGGAUGGAGGGACGAGUGUGUGCCUGAGAUUUAUUUUCUUUUAGACACGAAACCAAAGCAAAAGGCCACAGCGGCGUAUUUUUCCUCAGUCUGAAUGAGAUUUGGGAAGACUGGGAAAGUGACUCCGAGAGACGGCGUGUGUGUAAAGUUAAAGUGCACGAGCCGCGGCCCGGUUACUGCGACCACAGUUCAAACGCAGCGCAGGAGGAAGAGUGAAGCAGAUCCUGUACCCAAAAACAACAACGCGCUGCUUUAUUUAUUGAAGAGCUGCUUCCUGACCAUCCGUGUGCGAGUCCGGGCAUCAGAUUAAAGAAAAAAAAAACAAAACAAAAAAACACAGCAGCACCAAAGGAGCCGUAACAAUGACAGAAAGGCACAACACCGAACACAGAAAGCUCGCAUAGACCUCCACACACAGCUCGCGCGCAUCCAUCCACACACUAGCUCCCUCCUCCAGUUCUGCAUCCUGACGAGAGCGUUUCCACCAGUCUACCUGAAAACUAGACGAAAUCGAAGACGAAGAAGAAGAAUAGAGCAACCGAGGACGAGCGCCUAUAGAACCACCCACCCCCCAAAAAGCCAGACGACAGCGGAUCAUGUUUGUUCCCUUGCCGGUGCCGUUGGUUUUUCAGAGAAGCUCUCGCGACUUCGGCGCCUGGCGCCUCAAGGCUCCACUGCCUCUGCGCUCCAGCUCCGUAGAUAUCAAGAUGUCUAAAGCAGUUGAGGAUGAGAAGACUGGGGCUGACUUUCCUGCAGACAGCACAGACUCCGAGAGGAACAGUCCUGAGGCUAGUGAUCAGACCCAGCCGAUGAAAACGAGUCCAUUCUGCCUCUCUCUGACCCCAAGCCACAUAAAGGUUAAAACAGAAGAACCACCCGAGAUGCCCAGUUCUCAUGCUCCACCACCUCCCCCUGCUCAGCCCACCCUACCACACACGCAGCUCAUGCUGGCUGGUAGUCAGCUUGCUGGGCUGGCAGCUCUCCUCCCAGCACAGCAACAGCUUUUGCUCCAGCAAGCCCAGGCACAGCUCCUGGCUGCUGCUGUCCAGCAGUCCAGCGCUGCACACGCUGCCCAUGCUGCCCAUGCUGCCCAAGCAGCCGCUGCUGCUAAUCAGCAGCAGCAGGCCCAGCAGCAGCAAGCCAGCCAGACCCCAGCACAGAUCCAGCAGCAAACCAAACCUGAACAAAGUCCCACUCAAGCCCCACCCCCGCUUGCCCUCUCACAGCCAAUCCAGCUCACUGCCCAGGACAUUCAACAAUUAUUACAGCUGCAGCAGUUGGUUCUGAUGCCAGGGCACCCUCUGCAGUCUCCCGCCCAGUUCCUUUUACCCCAGGCCCAACAGAGUCAGCAGGGUCUGCUUUCAACGCCAAAUCUGAUUCCACUACCUCAGCAAAGUCCAGGGGCCCUUCUGACCACCCCACCCAGACUGAGCAUGCAGACACAGCGCCGUCAUGACGACAGGCUGUGGUCGUUACAGAGGGAGAAGAGCGUUGAGAGUGCCGUUAGCUCAACCCCCUCGGCAGCUUCGCCCAUGAGCUCAGUUGCUGCAGUGACCCCACAUGCCGAAGAGCCCAAUGACCUGGAGGAGCUGGAGCAGUUCGCUCGCACCUUCAAACAAAGGAGGAUUAAGCUGGGCUUCACGCAGGGUGAUGUGGGGAUGGCUAUGGGAAAGCUGUAUGGCAAUGACUUUAGUCAAACCACCAUCUCUCGUUUUGAGGCACUCAACCUCAGCUUCAAGAACAUGUGCAAGCUUAAACCACUGCUGGAGAAAUGGUUGAGUGAUGCAGAAACCAUGGCGAUAGAUAACAUGCUGCCCAGUCCCAGCUCCUUGUCUUCUCCAAUGCUGGGCUUUGAGGGGUUGCCUGGAAGACGCAGGAAGAAACGCACCAGCAUUGAAACAAAUGUCAGAGUGGCCCUGGAGCGCAACUUUAUGACGAACCAGAAGCCUACCUCAGAGGAGAUCCUUCUGAUGGCUGAGCAGCUCAACAUGGAGAAGGAGGUGAUCCGCGUGUGGUUCUGCAACCGCCGGCAGAAAGAGAAACGCAUCAACCCCUCCAGCGCCACCCCUCCCCUGCCCAGCCAGCCCCCCCCUGCGACGCACAAACCCCCCUGCUACAGCCCACAGAUGAUGUCCAGUCAGGGACUAGCUCAGGCUGCCACCAGCCUUAGUGCUACAGCAGUCAGUCCCACCUCCUCUGUGGCUUGCCCUCCUAACCCUACAGGCCAUGCAGCGAUGAGUUCUGCCCAACCUUCAGUGACUCCGCCUCCUCUCAGCACAGCAAGCCCUGUCCCACCCAAUUUGAGCAACCCUGGUCUCAACACAGGGAACACAAUGAUGGGUGUAAGCACAGGCAUGAACCAGGCUCUCAUCAGCAGCAACCCCCUGGCUACCAUGCAAGCCCUGGCUGCCAGUGGUGGCCAGAUGCCCAUUACAGCUCUUGAGGGCAGUGGUCAGAUGUUCCUUGGCGGAGCUGGAGGUCCGGGGGCCGGACUGCGCCCUUCCCUCUUCCUUAACCGCCCCACCCUGUUGCCCAUGGCAGCAGGUGCCAGCAUGGGAUUGAUCAGCGCUGCCAGGGCGACUCCUCCUCCUAGUGCCAGCCGUAUGAGCCCAGAUUCAUGCUCUGCUUCUCCAUGCUCAAGUCCCGCUUCAUUCUGCUCUUUCAGCGAAGCCUCGCCCCCGCCUCUGGGCGGGGCAAUGGCCGAGUGACACCCACGGUGACCUGUCGGCUCGCUUGUGGGGGAGGAGAUAGUGGAGCAGUUGGACCGUGGAAAAAAACCUCGCCUUUUCAACCAAAGCCAUCUCUCACUCCCUCCAUUACUCUCCUUCACUCCCUCUCUCACUGAGUCUUUUAAUGCCAAAAAUACACAGACUGAAAGAGGGAAGGAUGAGUGUGAGAGAACGGGGGAGGCGGAGAGAACAGGAGAACGGGGGGAUGUUUAAACCAAAAAAAAAUUGAUCUGUAUUAAUUUGGAGAGGUGGCAUCACAGAGUUUCCUUCUUGGCCAUUAAUGAUAAUGUACAUGAACUCCUUUCUAAUCGAAAAAGAGACUUCUUGGAAUGGAUGAAACUGAGGGCAGGGAUGAGAGCCAAUAAAAUGACUGUUUUGAAAAAAAAACGGGUGGCAAAGAAAAAAAAGGAAAGAAAGGACAUUUGACAUGUGUCAGUGGAUGGAAGGGAAGAGUUUAAACCAAAAAAAAAAAAACAACAAAAACGAUGAAAGUGGAAAGAAAAGACACAUAAAGACAAACAAUGACAAACAUGCCAAAAUUGCCAAAACCAAAAUACCAAAAACCGAAACCAAAAAAUCGGAGAGAAAAGCUUUACCUGAAAGACUUUUUAAACCUGACCCGUCCAGGAUCAGAUCAUCAACUCCACAAAACAGCACCAAAAAUAUCCAUCAUUGUUCAAGUUUCUUUUCAUUUCAUUUUCUGUAGUACUUCACUUAUUUUGUAUCCUUCUUCAGAUUCACUUUCUAAUUUUGUACUUUGCUGAGCAUCAUUUUUGCUUUCUUAAGACUUUUUCUUAAAAAUUCUCUACAUUCGGAUCUUUUUCAUUCUACCUCUGCUGUCAGUCUGUUAGAUUUAUUGCAUUUAAGAUCACAAUUAUUCUGGAUACCAGUCACCAGUCACAACCAGUGACAGCUUUGUCUUUCUGUUUGUCAUCAUCAUAUCCGUCCAUGGCAUGAAAAAGGUUGCGUUUGGAGAGAUUCUGAAAUGUCUCUGUGAAGUUCAAAUGACAUUACUUCUUAAUAUGGUAGCUUAAACAAAAGAGUAUUAAGAGAUAAUGCGCUUUUACAGAAACACGGGAAAAAUUCUCCCCAAAUCUUUGCCAUCUUCAUAUCAUCAUCUGCCUUUUUAUUAUUCAUACUGUCAUCAUGUACACACCCAUAACUCAGCCUCAUUAUCUUGGAUACCAAAGCAUUUGUCUGACCUUUUAGCAUCGGCUAACAAGUGUUCAGACAAGACCUCAGACAUGUCAAAAAAAGAAAAAAAAAACAGACACACAAAUAGGUGAAGAAAUGAAAAGGAAA